AUGAAAGAAGAUAACAGAAAAAUUAACAUAGUUUUAAAUCCACUUAAUUUAAUUGAAGAUAAGAAAAGUACAGUAGAGUUUAGUAAUGAAAAUGUAUUUCAAAACAAAAAAGUUAAAAUACAUAAUGAAACAGAGACAGUAGAUAUUUAUGAGGAUUUAGUAAAGACAAUAGAAGAGAAAGAUAAAAUUAUAAAAGAAUUAUCUAAUAAAAUCAGAGAGCAAGAAAUCAUAAUUAAUCAAUCAGAUAGAAAUAUUAAUAAUAACAAAAUAAACCAAGCUAUAGAAAUAGUUGAUUAUUUGUUAAAUACAAAGUCAAUAGAUUUAGAGAUUCAAACAGAACAAAAUAAAAAUAAAAGACUGACAAACAUCAUUGAAAUGUUAAUUAGUAAAAUUAAAGAACUAAAAAUGAAUAAACUUAGUUAG